GUAGAGAGGUGGCGGAUAUCGACCCACCGAGCGGUGGAUUUAAUGAUUAGCUGGUGAUUCAAAAGUGGAGUCGGAAGCCGUGGGAACAACCAUGGACGUGACUCUGUCCGAGUUGCUGGCCACCUUCAUGGAGUCACCGCUGGUGGAGUGGGUGCGGUUGUUGGGGCCGCUGGGUUCAUGUGAGGAUGUGGGCUCAGAGGAGCGAGUCAGCAUGUUCAUGGAGCUGGUGGAUGGAGUUUUCCUGCACAAGAUCAUGACACACAUUGACCCUAGCCCCAGUAAUCAGAGAUUGAACAAGAAUGUGAACAAUGACGUGUCACUUCGCCUUCACAACCUGACUGUUCUCACCAGGCACAUCAGGACUUUCUACCAGGAGAACUUACAGCAGUUAAUAGUCAUGCCCCUUCCUAACAUCCUCUGCAUCGCUAAGGAUCCAAUAUCAGCCAAGAGCAUGGACGAACUGAAAAGAAUGUUGUUGCUGAUACUAGGCUGUGCUGUUCAGUGUGAGCGUAAGGAGGAGAUGAUAGAGAAGAUCAAACUGCUGAACAUCGAGACCCAGGCCGCCAUUGUCUCUCACAUCCAGGAGGUUACUCAUAACCAACUGAAUGUACUCGACCUCACCUGGCUGGAGGAAGGAGCAGAGCUUGUGCGUGAAGAGCUGGAACCUCUGUCCCGUAACAUGGCUACAUCACUGCAGCAGCUGAUUGACCAGAGAGACAAAGCCAGUGAGGUGAUUUUGGAUUUGACCCAGGAGAGGGAUUACCUGUUCAGUCAGCAGCCCCAGGAAGGGUGCAGGAACCUGGGCAUGAGCAGCCCACAACGAGGGCAGAGCGCUGGAGGUGUGGGAGUAAAUGUUGGAGGAUCAGCUCUGACUCUGACCAAAGAAGAGAGACAGCAUCUCUCUGUGGAGCUUGCUGAUACCAAGGCCAAGCUCCGCAAAUACAGACAAGAACUCGAGGAAAAAACCGAGCAGCUGAUGGAUUCAAAGCAUGAAGGGGAGCGUCUGGAUCAGGAGUUACAGAAACUAAAACAAGAGAAUCAGUCGCUUUCUUGUGAGGCUCGCUCAGCUCGAGUGUACCGGGACGAAGUGGACUCUCUGAGGGAGAAAGCAUCCAGGGUGGACAGGCUGGAGACUGAACUGACCAGAUGUAAAGAAAAACUCAAUGAUGUUCACUUCUACAAGACCAGAGUAGAGGAGCUUCGUGAGGACAACUUUACUCUGAUGGAGACAAAGAUGUUGCUGGAAGAGCAGCUGUCAGCCUCUAGGGAGCGCUUUGAAAAACUUCACACUCUGGAGAAAGACAACCUUUUACUACGAUCUAAGAUACAUGACCUGGAAAUGGAGAGGGACAAUGAACGUCAGAGGCUGGAGGAGCUUGUUGAGGAGAACAUGAUGCUGGAGAUUGGACAGAAACAGAGUAUGAACGAGUCAGCUCAUCUCGGCUGGGAGCUUGAGCAGCUGAGCAAAAACCACGACAACACUAAGACAGAUAGUCGUAAGUCACUGGUCCAUGAGCUUAACGAGUGUGUUUCCAGUCGAGUGUUGAAGCUGGAGAAGGAAAACCGGGAGCUCCAGUCCUCUAUAGAGAGACUGAAGGGAGACAACCACCUCCUGCAGGAGCAGCAGCUCCAUACCCAGGAGCUUGACAGGGACAACCAGAGUUUCAGGAAGAAGUUAGAGCGUAUGCAGUGCUUAUUGGACCAGGAGAGACUGACCAAUCAGGACAUGGAAUCUCUAGGGGAGGAAAUUUUGAAGGAAAAGCAGACUCUGGAGAGAGAUAUGCAUGUUCUGAGAGCAGAGAAGGAUCAGCUGAUCUCAGAGUUGGAGAGUGAGAAGCAUCACCUGUCUGAUGCGGUGGUGUCCCUUCAGGAGCGUGCACAGUCCAACAGUGAGGCAAGAGUCCGUGAGGUGGAAACAGAGAACCGGUUACUGCACCAGAGCAUCACCGAUACCAGCUCCCGAUUGGCCAGCUUGGAAACUCAACUCAAAGUAUCCACUGAGGAGGCAGAGCGGCUGAGGGAGAGAGCAGGACGGUGCGAGGAGGCGGAGAGGGAGGCAAUAAGGCUGGAGCGGAGCAGGGAUACUGUGAACAGAGAAGUGGUGUCUCUGCGUGCAUGCAGUGAGCGGUCAGAGGCUCUUGAGAAGCAGGUGUCCUCAUUUGAGCAGGAGGUUCACCGACUGAAGAGGGAGGCAGAUGAAGCCCAGCAACAGCUGCAGCACCUGAACAGGCAUGAGGUAGAGAACAGCCUGCUGUCAAAAGAGAACCUGGACCUCCGCUGCUCAAUGGAAAACCUGCGCUCCUCAUCCGCUCGUCUAGCUACCCUGCAGGAGGAGCAUACAGAAAUCCAGAGAGAGACACAGGAGCUGAAAAGGAGGCUUGAAGAGGUCAGAGAGGAGGCACAAACAGAGAGGAAGAGGGCAGAAAGGCUGGAGGUGAACAUGGCAACUCUGAAUCAGGAGAAGCAUCGAUUAGAAGAGGAACUAGAGAGGAGUAAAGAUGAGAGGGAGGAGGUAGAGAGGAAGAGACAGGAGACGCAGAGCAGGAUGGAGGAAUGGAGAAGGGAAGUAGAGGACCUGAAAGAGGAGCGUAAACGGAGGGAGGAAGGAGACAAGGAGAGGAGGAAGCUACAACUGGACCUGGAACAGUCAGAGAAGGGCAGAAAGCACCUGGAGAAGGAGAGCUUGAAGAUCAGAACUCUGCUGGAGGGAAAAGAGACAGAACUGGAGGAGAGGGUACGAAUAUUGGCUACAAUGGAAAAGGAAGGCGGAGUGCUGAGUAAGGAAGUGGACAGGCUUAAGGAGGUGGCAGUCAAAGCCAAAGAGCUGGAGCGGGAGAACAAGGAGCUACACAAACAGGCGACUAUUGACAAGAGAACUCUGGCUACACUGAGAGAGGAGCUGGUGUCAGAGAAGUUGAGUGUUCAGCAGCAGAGCGUUGAGUUAGAAAGACUCAAUGAAGAACUGGAGAAGAUUGGACUGAACAGAGAAAAACUACUGCAGCAGGAGCACACUCUGGAAGACAGCAGGUACAGGCGGCUGGAGUCUCGGCUGGAGGAAACUGUCCAACAGACAAUGAAGAUUAAGGAGGAGAAAAUAUUCACUCUGGAAAAGAAGCUACAGGAGAGCCACACACUCAACGCUACGUUACGUGCUGAACGAGCUAAUGGUCACACGACAGUGUCUGCCCUGAGUCAGAAACAGGAGGAGGAAGAAAACCAAAUCUCCCAGCAGCGAUUCGGUUUUGACCAGGGUCAAAGGUCAGCCACUGCUGAGCUUCUACGGAUCAAAGAUCAUCUUAUUGAUGUGGAAAAGAAAAAUGCCUCCUUUCAAACAGAGACCAGUCUGUUGAAGGAGCAGCUUAAACAGCUGGAGAACCAGAACAAUUCUCUUAACAACCAGAUAGUGGCACUGCAGCGACAUACCACCACACUGCAGGAACAGAACUCAUCCUUACACACACAGACUGCAAAGCUGCAGGUGGAGAACUCUACACUCUCUUCCCAGAGUGCAUCUCUCAUGGCCCAGAAUGCUGUGCUGCAAGGCCAAGUCACUGCUUUGGAGACAGAGGUAGAGUCGUGGCAGCGACAGCGUGAGGAGGCGUGGCGUGCUCGGGAAAGUGUGCUCAGCGACCACGAACGCCUUCUGAGCGUCCAUGAGAGGCAAGCGCACGAGUAUGAGCAGCUUAUCAGUCAGCACGCUGCACUGAAAUACAAACAGAGGGCGCUAGAGAGUGAACAAAGGACUCUGCACAGCAAGUAUUGCGUUUUGCAGCAGCAGAAAGAGAAGUGGGAUGAACAGGAGGGGCAUGGUCAGAAAGAGAAGGAAGAACUUAACCAAGAGAUCCAGAAGAAUCGGCUACUGCAACAAGAGAAUCUGCAACUAAAAACAGAGGUGGACAGAUUGACAGAGAGCCAAUCCCAGCACUCAGAGAAGAGUGAAGGACUUCAGCAGAGAAUGAACGAACUUAAGAGGUCAUUAAGCUCAGCCCAGCUGGAAGAGAGUCAAUGGAGGGCACAAUACGAUUCACUGAUGGAACAACACCAGGGCCUGGAUCUUACCAUGACCAAACUGGACAACCACUGUGAGCUGCUGAGUCGACUGAAAGGGAACCUGGAAGAGGAGAACCACCACCUCCUGAGUCAGAUCAACCUUCUGAGUCAGCAAAACCACACCCUGCUUGAAAGGAGCAUGGAGAGCAAAGAGCUCUAUCACCAGGAGCAGAAACUAUACAUUGACAAGUUGAAUACUCUUCGUCGGCAAAAGGAGAAACUGGAAGAAAAGAUCAUGGACCAAUACAAGUUCUACGACCCAACACCUAAAAAGAGGAGUCAGUGGUCUGGAGCCAAAGCUUUAGUCAACCUGAUCAAACCCCGGAAGGACAGCAGCAGGGAUAGAGGGGGCGACCGGGACAAGGAAGGGGUCAAAGAGAAAGACCGAGCAAAGAGUGCCCCAGACAUCCCACUACCUGCCCCACCCCCACUCCUCCCCCCUGAGACGCCGCCCCCUCUUCCCCAGCGGUUGGGAAGUGACUCAAAAGAGGUUGGCCACACUCACAGUAACCUAAACAACCACAUCAGCAGCCCUGGCCUUGGGUCCCAGAGUCCAGCGCCACUGACACCCAUCAGAGGUUUAACUGACAGGAGCCACAGAGUUUUUCGUAGCAGUACACCAGGAGGCAGCAGUGAGAGUGUCAAUGGAGAAGAUGGACACGGACAAGGUCAGACCUAUAAAACUCUGAGCUCCACUCCGAGCCACCACUUGUCCUCACUGGGCCUAAGCAACAAUUCCAUCUCCAGAAUUGGACCAGGCCCUAGCCGCAGACCCAGAGGUCUUUUACUUAAUGAAGACUCUUGCCACAAUACAUCUGAUUCUGUGUUUGGUUACAAUGGCAACAUUGGAGGUCGCCCAGGAUCGGCAGACUUCAGCCACAACACCUCCAGCUCCAACUCACCUGUGAAUUGCAGAGACUCACUGGAUUGUCCGGGGCGCUCAGCCAGCCUCUCAAGUGACGAUGUCAUGGGUCUCAGCCGAUCACAGCAGACUCUGUCGCGUAGCUCCACCCUCCCAUACGACCACUCGCCCCAGAGGGCCCAACCUCAACGUGGAGGCGGAGUUAGAACCAAGACAAGGUCAUCAUCACCUGGAAGUGAGAUGGUGUCGCUGGAGCAGUUUUUACAAGAGAGCAACUUGAAGUCACCUCCUAUGGUGUCUACAGGAAGCAAGGAAGACUUGAUGACUGACUAUUUCACCAGAAGUCCUGCCGCCUCAGCUCCCACUAUCAGAGAUCAGGUGGCUCCCACCAGCUAUGUCUCGCCCACUGUACAAACAUCCAACCAGAGGCCAGGCCAAAGCGUGAAGCCUUCACCUCGCCAACCAGUGGGCCAGUCUCCAUCUUCAUGCCCGCCCCUCGGCCAGAGAACCAGCCAAUCAUUGAGCCGUGCCUUCAGCUUGGCCUCAGCUGAUUUGCUGCGUUCUAGUGGACCAGACAGUUUCCGCGGAAAUGAGGCCUCUCCUGGCCAACCAGAUGUGGUAGUUCGACGGCAAGGAGGAGGAGUAAAUGGGAGAGAACGGCCACUCUCUGCCCGUCUGGCUGGUCCAACCAAUCAAAUUGGAGAUGGCAGCUUCCUAAACCAACCCAUUCACCACUCAUCCUCUCUGAAUCUGCAGACGGAGAGACACAAAGAGCGAGAAAGAGAGAGAGGGAGGACUCCUGCAUCCCAGAAUGGCCCGUCCUCGUCCUCUUCCUUUCAUAACCAUGGCGAGGUUGCCAUGGUUACUCCCACCAGGGCUGUGCCAUCAAAACCUUCUAAUGAGGCCUCUGAGCAAGGGGAAGUGUUAAGAGAGGGUCAGUCAGAUGACUCCUCCCACUUAAAGAAAGAAAGUGAGACCGCAAGAUGUAGCCCUGUUGAACGCCCAAAAAGCACACCGGCAUCCCCUGACCCCAACAAUGACCCCCAAACAGUGUGGUAUGAGUACGGAUGUGUCUAAAACCCGGAACCAAAUACUCUUAACUUCAGUCAGCAUGAGCUAGAUGCUGGAGCUGUGUGGACUGAAUCCAAACCCUCGGACACAUGAAAUCAGUCUUUAGACUAAGUUCUUUGUCUUGUGGAUAAAUCUUAGAACUUUGAAGCCUGUGGUCAAACGUUGUUCCAACACAGCAACAGGCACAGGAAGUCUAUGUGAAGGACUUUUAAAAACAUCUCAGCAUGAAGGACUAAAGUUUGUAUUUUCUGGUACAAACUUGUAGAUGAACAACCAAACCUGAUCCCAUACACCUGCUGCCAACAUGGCUGAUAAAAACAGUCAGUCGGGAAGCUUUCUUAAGCUAAGGAGCUGCCGGAAUCUCAGCUGUUCACAAACAUCACGUCACAGCCCAACUACUGGAUCUGUGGAGUCGGUUUUAAUAUCAUUAUCAUAAUCUCGAAGUGACUCUCAGUGGCAGAUGCAAUAUAUAGGGAUUAAGAAAUGAACAUCACACUAAAGUCUCUGACAAUGCUUGAAAUCAUGAAGCUUUGCCUGUUUGUUAUCAGCAUGUUGAGCUUGAUCCAGCAAACAACCUCUGUCCAUAUGAUGGGCUUUUCUCUGGGGCAACAAAGCUGCCAAAGGAGCUGUUUUUUUUUAAAUGGUGUUUCCAUUCUUGACUGUAUUUGAGGCAAAUUGUGGAUGUUUUGACCAGAUUAUGAUCCAGAUGUAAAUAUUUUUAAAGCAUUCCAAUUUUAAUAUCUAUUGAAAUGGAGAUGCAAGCUGCAGUGUCUGAAGUCUGAGAAUACAUAACACUUACAGCCCAGUUGUGGACCACAACACUAUGGGCAAUGGGCUUUGUCUAUGAGCUGGAACUCUGACUGCCCACUGGCUGGCCCUGCAAAUGUUUACCUGGCUGCCAGCACUUCUGCAGAAUUGUUGACAAUGAAUUAGCCCUCACCAAGACUGACUGAACUAAAGUUAAGAUGACCAGAAGCACGAGAGCAACUGAAUGUAUUAGAUUUACCCUCCCUUUUUCUCACCUCUUCCUCUUCUCUGUUAUGUAGAAAAAACACUGAAAGAGGAAUUACAGAAACCGGGGGGUUCUUGAAAAGGGAGAGGAUUCAAGUGGAAUAGAAAAGGGUGUAAAGAAAGAGAGAAAGUAGGUUCGAAAAAAUAGAGGAAUGCUGCGAUGGACAAAGAUGAAUUGACAGAUAUACGGAUGGAUAGAGUGAUGGGAGGAUGAACAGAUAAACAAGACAGAGAUGGAGGGGCCCCACCCAUUUAAAUUAUAGUCUUUCUCCCUCCAUCUUUAGAUUCUGUCCCAGCAUGCAACACUGUGACACUUUACUGGAAAUGUUGCUUUGUCCAAGCCAACACUAGAUUCAAAAACGCACAUACAUACAUACACACACACACACACACACAGUGUAUGUAAUGAUGGAGGCACAGACAUUGUCCUUCAGGGGGUUGGUUGUGGCUUUUCUAACCAUUGAACUGGACUUAAUUUACACUUGCGUGCACAAACAAACAUACACUCCGCUGAGUAAACCACAGUGUACUGCUGCAUGCUAAGUAAGCCCACAGUUUUAGGCUCUGCACAACCGACAGUGAGGGUGAUGGAGUCUGAGCCUGGACCCACUGUGAUCUGGAUAUUUAGAGUUGUGCCUAUGAUUUAUUUACUGUGGCAAUAGUUUUUAUGAGAAUAAAUGAAUACACACAGUGUUUAGCAGAUUAUUCUGUCUCUAUGUGCACAUUGAAUAGAAAGCGUUAUUGUCAUUGUACAGGGUACAAUCAGAUUAACACACUUAACUUUAGCACAUGCUGUGCUGUUAGUAAAAAAUAGAUACAGAGUAAGCAUUUUCUGAAAUGGAGAAAAUCUUCAAUAACAGUUUGUGUUUUACAUUUUAGUUAUUUCCUAAGCAAAAACUACACAUGCCAUUUGCUUCCAUCUUCUAUCUGUGAUGCCCACACCAGCAUUAGGUGAUUAUUGUGUGUGUGACCAGCUAUAUGCGUUUUGAUUGUUGUGCUGCUAUAGUCAGGGUUUACUUGCUACCAGCUGUAUAAGCAAGCACAGACGCAACAUGAUCCAUUUAUUUGAGGCUCAAUUGAAACACUGAGAUCCAGAUUCCCCUACAUUUGCAUUCUCUAAACAUUUUCUAAACAUUCAAUUUAGCAGAUCAUUAACAUCAACAUCCAUAAAGCACUAUUCAUUUCACAAUUAUUAGCAGAUAAUAUAAUUAAGAAAAAAUAAGUUUAAAGAAAUAAGUUGUUAGACAGAAUGACCAGAUGGAAAUGUCUACAAAUAAUACCGUUUAACCAUUUUAACAUUAACAAAAUAGUCCCUACUGCGGAUUUUAAAUACUUAAUGUAUCUUAUAUAACCUUAGACAUUAAAGGGACAGCUCGUCAGUGUAAUAGCUGACAGAUAUAUAAUGGUUCACACUUUAUUUAUCGUUACAUGGCACAAACCUUAUAAAGUAAAUUUAAUAUGUUAUUAAGUCAGCCCAGCUAAUAUUCUUAGACUUCUCUCGACCACACCUGUUUAUCACAUUUAACUGACAUGUUGCACAUCAUGUUUUUUUUUCUUAGCGGCACAGUCUCACAAAUUAUUAAGUUCCCACAAAAACACCUUGAUAUGAAGUAAAUGUUUCUUAGGUUUAUCACUUUUAUUCUUGACUGAAGGUCAAACAUGAGUCACAGGUCUCCUGCAGACACAAGUGAUUUUGUUUUCAGUGUUGUCAUCGCUGGUUGUUGACACAUAUGUGAUGUAUUCUGUGGUGAACAGAUUGAAGAGGAAGAUGAUGGAAAGGAGGUGGGAGAAAUAAUUUGUGUUCCUUGGAAAACAAAUUUGAAAAAAUGAAUCUCACAAUAGUGACACUGAUCCACUGACGUUAUGUCUGUACUGCUUUAAAUACACAUCUGUCCUUCCUGCAUUAGAAUGGAUUGACAACAAACAUUCCUGAAAGCAGCAGAGUGAGGAGGAGGAAGAUGUCACACUGGAGUUGUGAAAAAUGAAGUUCAUCACUAAACCUUACGCUAACAUUCUGAACAAAUAGCAAGUGACAAUAUGCAACAAGCUAAAUUAUUUUACCUGUAACAUUUGUACAUGAUGUCAGAUUUUAUAAACAAGUAAAAUGACAGAAGACCUGGGAUACAUUUUGUAAAAUCUUCUGGAACUUAGCUUUGAAAAUAUUUGUUGAUACCAAAACAAAUUCCUGUAAACUGGUUAAACCCUGUGAUUCCAGUAAAGCUUUGAUAGAUGUAGAUUUGUUUUAAUACUUUAGAAGUUUAUAUAGUAGUGAGAUGAUGUGAAACACUGUAAGAUGAUCCUGUUGAUAGUUUAUCUGUUUACCUGUUUUCAGUUGGUGUAUGUUGUCUUUGUUCUGCCUGUACACUUCAUCACUGUUUCUUAAAGAUGUGUGUGUGUGUCAGUUUCGGUUUUCCAAUGUCAAAAUGGGAAAAAUUAUUAUUAUUUACAGAAGCAAUUUGCUUGUUAUUGUAACACACCAUCUCACUGUUGUGUCUGUUUUUGUGUAUGUCUUUCUGCUUUGCUGACUACCUGUCUGGACCAGUCCACCUGCCUUACUGUUCUAAACUGUGGCAUCCUCCUUCUAUGACACCUCUGUGAUCCCUCGCUCUUGGUUUAUGUGUCUUAGCACCGUUGUGCACACUUAACUGAAAUAAAAGAAGAGCUGCUAGGUAGCGUCACAUGAGGGGAGUGAAAGCAGAAGGUGAAGUGGAACUGGCGUCACAGACUUUUCCUGCUCUAACUGGAAUAACUGCUACUGUAUCUGAGGAGGCUGAUGUUAUUCAAAAGCGUUUUCUAAUAAAGAUCUCUAAUAUUGAACUGA